AAAAAUUGCAACCUAUCAACCCCCUUAAGCUUUCUUUUAUAUUGCAUAUCAUCAUACAAGCAAGCAGACCAUACCCAAUCCUGACUGAGUUACUCCCUAGUCCUUUAUAAUUUGACAAGAACCCAAAAACAAUGGCCUGCCGUUAUUACCCCGCCACAUCAAGUUACCCGUCCCCGCUCAAGGGGUUCGAGAACCUCCCGCCGUUGUCAGAGGAAAAGAAUGAGGACGGUAAAAGUAUUAAGAAUGAGCAAACUGGCGUUCUUAGCAAAGCAUAUGAGGAGUUUGUUGAUCCGUUGGACAGGGGAAGGAGGGGAGGGUUCGAUGUGCAUAUCUACUACUUCCACACCUCGGAAGACCAAACUAAAUAUGCCAAGGAGUUAUACGAGCGGAUCCGGCGGGAAUUCCCUGAGCUACGGAUCUACAGGUUCUGGGACAGGCCCAUCGGCCCGCACCCCUUGGCCAUGUUCGAGGUGAACCUGUUCACGCCGGCCCAGUUCGGCGCCUUUGUGGCCUGGCUUGCCGUCUGGCGCGGCCCGCUCUCGGCCCUGAUCCACCCAAACUUCGUCGCCGGCCCCGGCGAGAACCAGAUCGAGGUCGAGCGCAGGGACCACAGCCAGCGAGCCAUCUGGAUGGGGGAGAAGGUUCCUCUUGAUCUGGACUUGUUCGCCAAGAUGGCUAAAUGGAAGGCUUCUGGGGGAAACGCGUAGGGUUGAUAGAUGGAGCAAGUCGUGGACAUACAUACCUAAGGUAGUAGCUAGCAUUCCUGGUUUGCGUGCAAUCGAACAUUAUUUAAUUUCA